CAAAAAUAAAAUAAAAUAAAAAAAAUAAGCAUCACAAGUUCGCUUCACACAGAACAUAGAAAGUCCAUUUCUACGAAUCUUGGGUGUUUCUUCUUUCGAUUAAUCACCACGGAUUCUCAUACAGGUGAUAUUUUGCUAGAAUUGCAAGAUGAAUAUUGGUAAUUUUCCCAUUAGAUAGGGUUUUGCUUUCUGGGUAUUCUAGACUUGGAGUUUGGUUUUGGGUGAUGCAUAGAAAUGAGUUCAAAAGAUGUGAAUAGUAAAACAUGGAAAUGGGCUUUGGGUUUAGCAUACAUAUUUGCUGUGGCAACAAUUUGGAUUGCUGCUAGCUUUGUAGUGCAGUCUGUUGUAGAUGCCGGUGUGUCACCAUUCUUUGUUACUUAUAUCUGCAAUUCGUUGUUUUUGGUGUUGAUCCCAAUUGUUGAAAUUGGGAGGUAUUUGGAGGAUUCUUAUGGGGGUUUAUGUUUUUGGAGGAGUGAGAAGGGUAAUCCAUGUUUGAAAGGAGGGGUAGGGGAAUCAGAGAAGGCUAUUCUUCUCAAAGACAAUGAUGCAGGCAAUGAAGCUGGUGAAGCCUUGGUUAUUGAAGAGGAUGAUGUCAGUCAAGAAAAUAAAAAUGGUUCCGAAUUGCUGCCAGAAGAUGCGGUGGUAGGUGUUUUGGUUGAUGAAGUUAAUGUGAUUGAAAAUGUUGAUAAAGAGAUCAAUGACAAAGGGAGGUGGAGUCGGUCCCGAGUGGCCAAAGUUAGUCUAUUGAUCUGCCCGGUUUGGUUUUUAGCUCAACUCACUUUUAACUUGUCAUUGAAGUAUACCACAGUUACAUCAAAUACAAUCUUAAGCAGUGCAUCCAGUCUUUUUACCUUCUUGGUCUCGCUGGUGUUCUUGGGUGAGAGGUUUACUUGGUUAAAGCUCUUUAGUGUUUUUCUUUGUAUGGGAGGAACAAUAAUUGUAAGCCUAGGUGAUUCACAAUCUGGUUUAAGAACAGUUGCAUCAAAUCCUCUUCUUGGAGAUUUUUUCGCACUUGCUUCUGCAGGACUAUAUGCAGUGUAUAUAACUCUUAUUCGCAAGAAAUUACCUGAUGAUGAUGGAAAGAACGGUGAAGCCAGUACAGCUGAGUUUCUUGGAUAUCUUGGGCUUUUCAAUGUUGUCAUAUUUCUUCCAGUUGCCCUUAUACUAAAUUUUACCAAGAAGGAACCUUUUAGUACACUUACCUGGAAGCAGCUUGGUCUGAUAAUUGGUAAAGGAUUACUGGAUAAUGUGCUGAGUGAUUACUUGUGGGCGAAGGCUGUUAUGCUUACGUCUACCACAGUUGCUACAGCUGGUCUUUCAAUUCAGGUCCCAUUGGCUGCCAUUGUGGAUACCUUGACUGGCCAUGCUCCGCGCUUUAUGGAUUACCUUGGAGCAACAGCUGUCAUGAUUGGCUUCACUGGAAUCAACAUUCCUUCUGACACUUUUAGCAAAUCCAGCGAAACUACUGUGGAAUUGGAAACUGAGAACUUUAAUAUAAACACUGAAGAGCUUACUUUGUCUAGAAGUCAUGAUUCAGUUGCCAUAUCAUAGCACUGUACAUUGCAUUCAUUUCAUGAGUUUGUUGAUAGGUGGUCUUUUUGUAAUCAUACCAAAUUAGUUGCAAUAACCAAAAUGUGUUGCUAUACCAAACAUGGAAAUAGAAAAUCUAGAACAAGAAAGAGGGUUCACUGGAUACCAGACAUGAAAAUAGUAAAUGUAGAACAAGAAAGAUGGUUUACUAGAGGAACACCCGAGAUUACACCUGGAGAGACAUGUAAGCUGCCAUGUGGUUCAGAAAAUUGCUACUUGGUUGAGAUCUUCAUUGAUGGUAUGGGUGCCUAAGUGCCCUAGACCUUAGUAAAGAAAGGGUUCAUCCAUGAACCACAUGUAAUGACAAAUUUGGUGUAAUAAUUUCUAUCAAUUUUGGGAUAUUUUGUAAAUGUUUAGUUCUAUAUCUUAAAUCUGAUGAGAAGGUUUCAAGUCAUAGUCAUUCAUUUGAUGAUACUAUAUGUAAACUAAUAUUCCCAACUGUAAAUGUAGCAGUUUAAUUAUAUAAUUUAUGCAA